AUGGCUGAUUACUCUAGCUACGGAGAACCCAGUGCGGAGUGGCUCAAGUUUGCCAACUCGGGUUUUCUGAAGCCUCCUCCAGCCGAGCUGACAUUGAAUGAGAGACGUGAUUACUUGAACGAAUCUCGCGCUAAACUUCACGACGAGAUCUACGGUCCUUUCAAGGGUGAUAUUGACAUUUUUAACAUCGACAUCCCAUCACCAGACGGGUCUCCAAUCCAAACACGUCUAUAUACCCUCACCCGCUCUCCACUAAAUCGUAACUCGCCCCUUAUCAUCCACCUUCACUCGGGAGGAUGGCAUCUAGGGAAUCUCAAGACAGAAGACGCGUUUUGUGCCUAUUUAUGCACCCUACUUGCGGAGAAACAUGCUUCUGGAUAUGCAGUUCUCCACGUCAAUUAUCGGCACACGCCAGAAUAUCACUUCCCAACACAGCUUGAUGACGUCUAUACUGUGUUUGAGUAUCUGGCUGACAACGCCGCCCUUGCACGAAGCAUGUGGGGUAUUGAUUCUAAGAGGAUAAUCCUGUCAGGGACUUCUUCUGGGGCUCAUUUGGCGGUCGGAUGUGCUAUUCUAAAUGUACAGCGCAUGAAAUUAUCCCCAGAGACCCAAGCAGACAAGAGAAUCAAAGGGUUGGUUCUAACCUGUCCCCCAACCGUUCAUCCGGAUCUCUUUCCGUAUCAUCUUGUACGAAACAAGGAGACCUCUUCUCAUGUGCAAAAUGCGAACGAGCCACUGCUGGGCAUGGACCGCACAAGGCUGUUCUGGGGUCUAUUUCUUUCAGCGUCUCGAGAGGAGAAAAAGGCUGCAUGGUCAGAGAGAAUAACUGACGUGCUUAUCUCACCUCUUACUUCGAAGGUGGGGGUUUUCGAUGCCCGUCUGUGGCCAAUGACCUGCUUUCAUGUUGCAGGCAUGGACAUCCUAAGAGAUGAAGGCCUUCUGUUUGAGAAAAAACUUAAAAGCAAUGGGGUUAAAACACGGUUGCAUGUUUACCCCGGCUUUCCACAUGCUUUCAAUAUGCUCCCUCAGCUCGAGGAGAGCAAGCGGUGGAUGGUCAACUUGGUAGAAGAUAUUUUGAGUAUUCCCUCAAACUAG